CUCUAUUUCUCUUUCAUCCCUCCCCUUGCUCUCUCUCUCUCUCUCUCUCUCGAAAGCCAUGCAGGCCUCUUCUUCUCAUCAUGGAAUCUUCAAAGCCUUUAGCUUUCAAGAUCCGCUGUCGAUCUAUUGGAGCUGUUGUCUUUCGCUUCAUAGACUCUGCUUGAGAAGAUUAUCUCUCUUCUUUGCCAUCUAAAUUUAGCCUUUUUAAUUAAUGUUCUAAUAAUAAUUCUGAUAAUUGUUCAUCUUAAUUUUCAAGUUCUCAUAAUUUGAGAUCCUUCCUGUUGCUUUCUGUUACAGAAGAAUUUUUUUCAUCUCCACGACAAGCAGAAUUAAAGCCACCGCACAGUCGUACUACUACUGCUACUAGCUUUUUACACUAGAGGCAACUCUUUUGUGAGCUUGAUGGCGACAUACUUCCAUGGCGCUUCUGAAAUUCACCCCGAUGGUCUCCAAACCCUAUACCUGAUGAACCCCGGCUACGUUGGUUACUCCCCCACCCGGCGCCCGGCGGCCGCCAACAUGGUCUUCCUCAACUCCGGUGGUAUCCCCUCCCUCAAUCCAAUAAACCUCUCUCACUCCUCUCAAUCUAACCACCAACAACAGCACUUUGUCGGAAUUCCCCUCCCCCCGCCGGCAGAAAACACCGUUAGCCGCUUCCACUACAAUCUCUGGAGUCCGGCGCCCGGAACCAAUCUGAUGAACCGCGGUACAACUCAACAAGGCUUAUCGCUUAGCCUCUCUCCGCAACAACCGCCUCCAUAUGGUACUUACCGAGCGGAGGCUGAGGUUUCAACGCAAGUUCAUGAGAUGAGUAGUCUUGCCGGCGAAGAUAGCGUGAAGCUCAUGGGGACAACAGGGCCGCCGGGAGCAACAGAAAUCCAAAGCGUGCUGAUGAAUUCCAAGUAUUUGAAGGCCGCGCAGGAGCUGCUUGAUGAGGUCGUGAGUGUCGGCAAAGGAGCUCGCGCAGAGACUUUGAAGAAAAAUGGCGAGAAGAGUCCGAUGAAGAGUAAUAAAGAGUCGGAUGGGAAGGGUGAGGGGGAAUCAAGUGGGAAACGUGAAGUGGAUCUCACGACCGCUGAGAGACAGGAGUUACAGAUGAAGAAAGCCAAGCUCGUUGGUAUGCUUGGUGAGGUGGAGCAGAGGUACAGGCAGUAUCACCAUCAGAUGCAGAUAGUUAUCUCAUCCUUCGAAGCAGUGGCCGGCCAUGGUUCAGCAAGGACAUACACGGCACUUGCUCUGAAAACCAUUUCGAAGCAAUUCCGUUGCCUGCGAGACGCUAUCUCCGGACAAAUAAAGGCGACGGGAAGGAGCCUUGGAGAAGAAGAUUGCCUUGUGGGAGGAGCGAAGUCCAUAGGUUCAAGGCUGAGACUCGUCGACCAUCACUUGAGGCAGCAGAGAGCCCUUCAGCAGCUGGGCAUGAUGCAGCAUAACGCUUGGAGGCCGCAGAGAGGUCUUCCCGAGCGCGCAGUAUCCAUCCUCCGUGCAUGGCUCUUUGAGCACUUCCUUCACCCGUAUCCGAAGGACUCAGACAAGCUCAUGCUCGCAAAGCAGACAGGGCUCACCAGAAGUCAGGUCUCAAACUGGUUCAUAAACGCGAGGGUUCGUCUCUGGAAGCCGAUGGUGGAGGAGAUGUACGUGGAGGAGAUAAAGGAACAAGAACAGCUAAAGGCGGAAGAGAAGAGCAGCUACAGCGAAGCCAACGAGGACUCAGCUUCCAAAGCAAGCAGCCAAACAAAAACAGAGCAAGCCACAAGCUUUACAUCCAAGCAGCAGGACAAAUACAACGAUCCAAAACCUUCUAAUUCUAUCGCUAGCUCGGUGACAAAGUUCAGAAUAUCUCAGAACCAUGAUGAAGAAUGUCUGAUGCAGCCAUUUGUGAAGAAGGUGAGGAACAAUGAAACUCUGCAUCUCAACACCUUGCCGCAUUCUCUGACGUUGGAGAUGAAGCCGGAGGAGUUUAGCAACCGGGAACUUCUCAUGAAGUUUAUGGAGGCGAGGAGCGGGGGAAAUAACGAGCACGCGCAUGAAGGGAACCAUGGGGGAGGUUUCAACGCAUACGCCAUUGGAGACAUUGGGAGGUUUGACGGAGAGCAGUUCACUCCGAGCUUUCAUGGUAAUGGUGUUUCUCUAACUCUUGGACUCCAGCACUGUGAGUCUCUAUCGUUAGCAGGAACAGAGCCGCCAUAUCUGUCCAACGCGAGCAUUCCGAUAGGAAACGAAGCCAAUGCGUUCUGCAGCUUGAACAACAAUCCACAGGCUUCUCACCCUUCGAAUGGCUAUGAAAGCAUUGAGAUUCAGAACCGGAAGAGGAUUGCAGCUCAAUUCUUAGACUUUGUAGCAUGAAGCCUCUGCACUUCUUAAUUAGUUCUUAGUUACAGAGUAUUAAUGGGGGUGUUUAUGAAGUAAUUUGAUUGGAGGAGAGAAGCUAGUCAUCAAGCAAACCUUCUCUUUUGGGCCUCCAACUCCAGACUUUGGUGUUCAUUUCCUUCGCCUCGUGGGAGAAGAGGGAAAGGAGUGGAUAUAGUGUAAAGAACGAGUAGCUUGGGUUAUAGUUUUAUACUUCAUAGAACCAUUUGUGCUUGAAAUUUAAGUAGAUAAGGGUGAGUUUGAGUGGUGAAAAUCUAGGGUGAGUGUAUAUUGUUUUAGACUUUUGGAGAAUUUAUAAAUAUAAUGAACUUGCAAUAAUUUUAUAUGCAGUUAAAUAAUAUGAAAUUUGGCUUCGUGCA